AUGAGUUAUAUUAGUUUAACCAUAUAUUUGAAAAUGUGGUUGUUUAUUAGAGUUAUUUUCUGUUCAUUAGUAAAUAUUUUAAAUAUUUUAGACUACUUAUUAUAUUUAUCCUGAUGAGAAUAUCUAUUCAAAGAAUUAUGGAUAUGCAAUUGAUAUUAAUAAAGAUAAUUUUGAUGAAUAAAGUAUUGAGAAAUAAAAUAUUGAAUUACUAAGAGAAAUAAAAAUAGAAAAUGAAUAGUCUAUAGAACUAAAUGGAGAUGAACGAUUAUUUAGCUUUAUCUUAGAAGAUUAUAUAGAUGUGAUUAUAUUAAAGAAUAAAAGUAUUGAAUGCUUAUAUUAGAUUAACAAUUAUUUAUAUAAUAAUGAUGAAAUAAUUAUUGAAAAAAAAGAAUGUUUACUUUUGUUAAAUCAAUCAUAUUGUUACCAAUUACAUUAUUUGGAUAAAUUUAUUUAUAUAAUUUAAUGUAAAUACGAUGAAAAUACUACAAUAUUUUAAAUAGUUAAUUAAUCAUAAAUAUUAGAUGAAAUUAUGAUACCAAUUUAACCAUUUUGUAAAUAAGAUUCAAUAUUUAAUAAAGAGACAUUAAUAUUUUAUAAUAAAUAAUGUUAAAGCACUUAAUUUUACUCAAUUUAAAUAUAUAAUCUUUCAUUUUAAAAUACUUAAUUAUAUGAUUUAACAGAAACAAAAGAACUUACAGAAAAUAGAGCAUAACUUUUAGAUAUAUAAUUUAUCACUCAAAGCAACUUGUAUAUAAUUUAUUCUAAUUAAAUCAUUUCAUUUUUUCUUGAAACUAAGGUAAUAUAUAUUCUGUAUUCACAUUUUGAUGUUGAAAUUAAGUAAUUUAAGUUUUUAAAUUAUUAAACUCUAAAUUAUGUUGUUAAAGUAAAUAAGGAAACUUAAUAAUUAUAUUUGAAUGAUUAUAAAUUCGAUUUAAGUAUAUAAGACUUUUAAAAUAUUUUUAUAAUUAAAAGAAAUGUUAUUUUAUUUCACUUCACAAAUAAGUUAUUUAUUAAAGUUAAUUCCUUUUCCUCAAAUGAAAUAUCAAUUAACAUAAAUAACUUAAUUUAAAUUGGUGAAUUACCUUAUUUUAUGGUAUUAUCAAAUUAGUAGUUGAAAUUAAUUAAAUUAUCCUUACCAAAAUCUAUAGUAACCUAUAACAAUUCUGAUUUAAUAUAUUUUAUAUAAGCAGCAUUAAAAAAUGGUUCUAAAUUUUUGAUUAAUCUCAAAUUGUUCGAUCCAAAUAAUCCAAUUCAACAUUUUCAGGAAACCAAAUUAUUUUAUGAAACAAAUAAUCCAAAUGAUUAAAUAUGCAUAUCAAACUAGAUAUAUAAAAGAACACUUCCUAUCAAGAUAAUGUAAAUUAUGGAGAAUUAAAAACAACUAUAAAUUUUAGAGAAUCCAAAAGCAUAAUUUCUAUCCUACUUAGAUUGGACUCUUACUAUUGGCAAUAUUAUAUUUUUACAAAGACUCAAAGAUGAGCAAAUACUUAUAGGAUUGAAAUAAGAAGAUAAAUUUAUUAAGUUGAUAUUUUUUUCAAAUGGUAGACCUAUAAAAAAACAUUAGCUUAAAUUACUUGAUAAUUUUAUAGAAAUAUUUUUUAUAAGAUAGCCUAUGCAUUUAGUAAUAAUAUAUUAAAAUUAAAUUGAAAUUUAUAAAUUAGGAUUUGAUAAAGUAGAAAAGACUAUUAGAUAUAUUGAUGUCAUGAUAAUAAAAGCAAUUUAAAUUAAAUAUUUUGUGCAUUAUUUACUUGAAGAUUGUAAUAUGAUGUCGAUUCAACUUUUUGGAGAUUAUUUUAUUAUAGGGAAGAAUUAUUAUAAAUAUGAUUGUAAAACCUCUCUUUAAUUUUAUAAAAAUGAUAUAUAUAUUGACAAUCAUUCUUUGAAUUUCAAACAUAGAUAAUAAGUAACACAGAUAAUAACACUAAAAGAGAAGAUAUCUGAAAUAAAAAAUGUACUAUCAGAUUAUCUUCUAUUGUUCACUAGUCUUGAUAAUAAUUAUUAUAUCAAAUUAUAUCUAGUCUUAAAAGAAGAAUUACUUUUUCUUUACACUCUUCCUACAUAUAAUUAUAUUAUUUAAUUCCCAUUUCAUUACAAAAUUCAGAAUUCUACCCUAAUGAUAAGAGCAAAAGGUUCUAUUUAAGGAUCCUUUAUAUUGAUUUAUGAUUUAACAUAAACAGCAGUUGAAUCUUUAAUUUAAAUUACUGAAAUUGAUAGUGAAGAAAGAGUUUUAUUUGAUUUUAUUAAUGAUGAAGAAUAUAUAUACUAAUAUCAAGGAUAAUUAUAGAUUCAAAAUAUACAUUAACCAUGUUUUAACUUAAAGAUAUUUCAUGAAAGUCAUAGUUUUGUUUAGAAUAAGGCAAUCGUAAUUAAAACUUAAUCUUUGAUUAGCAAUUAAAAUAUAGAUCUAGACUUUCAUCUUUUUAAAAUUAACAAAAAUUACAAAUUAGAAUUAUUAAAUUAAAAUGAAAUAAUACUCACUGAUAAUACUAUUAAUUUUAAGAAUAUUUUUGGUAAUAUAGAAGAUAUUUAAAUUAUUGGAUAAGAAAAUAAUUAAGUUUAUUAAUCAUUAAUUUUUACAAAUAAUUCUAUUAGUUGUAUUUUUUAUAGAUUUGGUAUCUGUAUUAAUCAAACAUAAAUUUUGAGAAAUAUUUUUGAUUUAAACACAUCUACUCCAAUUGAUUAUUAGGAUAUGGUAUUCUCCUUAUUUUAUAUUGGUUAUAAUCCAGAUAAUUGUAAUCAUGCUAUCUAUAUGCAGUAAAAAGAUUUUAUAUUUGUAAAUGAAUUUAAUUUUUGCUAUAACAAUACUAAAUUAAAAAAAAAUUAUAAGAUCCUAGCUGAAUAUAAUUAUUUACAUAUUGAGAUUAAAGAUAUGAUUUAAAUAAAUGAUUUGCAGAUAUUUAGAUACUCUAGUGAUUAUCUUCUUUUUUCUUUUUAAUUUUAUUAUCUUUAGGAUUCAAAACUUACAAAAUCCUUCAAAAAUUAAGUAUUUUAGUGUAUUGAUGUUGCAAAAAUUGAUAAUUUCACCUACUUAUUUUUGAAUAUCCAUUUUAAUUAUUUUGAAAUAAGAAUUAUAAACAUUACGAAAGUUGAUGAAAAUCCAACAUAUGAUAUACUUCACUAUGAGUAAUAAAAAUGGAAUGACUUGCUUUCUAAUCUUUAGACAUAAUUUUCCUAAAACGCGCCUGGCAAGAUGUAAAUAUAUUAGGUUAAUUAAAUUAACAAUCAAACUGAAAUUAAGUUUAUAGUAAUUAAUAAAUUUAAUCUAGCAUUCUUAAUCAAAUUAACAGUUGAUCUAAAUGAUUUAAAUAAUAUUAAUUUUGAAUAAUAAGGAAUAAUAAGAUUUGAAUAAGAAGCAUUAUUUUCUAGUUUACUCUUCAUUGAUAACAAUUAUGCAAUUCUUAGUUUUUAAUGUGAUGAACAUAAAUUUAUUAAUAUAUUUGAUAUAAGCAAUUUAUCAGAACAUAAAAAUAUUGAUAGUAUCUAAAAGUUUACCAAUAAUAAUUAUACAGCAAUCGAAAGAUACAAUGAAACUCAUUUUGUAAUUGUUGAAAAUAUCCUAAGUAAAUAUUUAUAAAUUCAUUUAAUUAUUAUUGAUAAAGUAAGAGUAGAAUGUUAAGGACAAUGCACAAAACCUGCUUAUUUAAAGUUAAGUAAUAAAGUAUCAGAAAUUUUAAUUCAAAUAAAAUUUAAGUAUGGGUAAGAGAUAAAUAGUUAUAUACAAUUAGUAAUAAUUAUUUCUACUUUGAUUAGUAUUGUGAUCAAAUUAGUUACUAAAAAAGUGAAAAAUAUUAAUAGAAAAUAGAAUUAAAUUUGA